AUGCAUUUUCUCACAUCUCUUCUUGCACUGGCACCUGCCGCCACUCUCGUGUACGGCGCAGAGACAAGCACCACCGCCUGGAACGUCCAGCGCAUGAAGCAGAACUGCGGAAAUGGCGGCUGCAACCAAGAAUUCUACAUCAACGGCGAGCUCCGAAACUCUGGAGACCCCUACGCAAAUCCCUUUGCCCGGCAGUUUGACUCCCACUGCUCAGGCCUGGGGCUGGGCUUCGGAUGGGAGGCGUGCCGAAGCUAUAUCCCCUACACGCCCGAGGGCGAGGGUGGAUUCGCAAGGAUCGAUUGGGGAGGUCAGGACGGAAAGGAGGUCGUGGUCUCGUUCACGUGGCUGAAUUCGUAUGGUGCGAAGAAGUUGAAUGAGACGGGUAGCAUGGUGGUCGAGCCGCCUGGGCGGUGGGAUGUCGCCAAGUGCCGCCAAAUGACUAUGAUCUCCAAGGUGGAGGUGUGA